AUGAAUUUAAUUGGGGAGGUUUGGACCAAAAAAGAAAGAGUUGGGGAGGUUGAGAGGAAUCAGGCAAUUAGGGAAAUGCGUCUUGGGGUAAAGAUACGAGAUUGGGUUGCUGUGCUGCGCACAGUGGGGGACCUGCCACCAUGUGCAGAGCUGUGGCUGGCCAAGAUGAACAAGUGGGCUGACACUUUACUGCACGCAGCUAUCACUUAUAGGGCACCAACCGCCGUCGUCGAUGAGCUGUUGGAUGAAAUGCGGAGACAUGAAUUUGACGUCAUGGAGAUUGUGUCAGCCAGGAAUCAGUGGGGCAACACUCCCCUUCACUGCGCCGCCUCUAGGGGCUCUCCCUUGUUGUGUCGCAGCAUCCUCCAUGCCCUUCCCACCGAUGAACAGAUAACCCGCGCCGUUCUGGAGCGUAACAAAGAGAGAGAGACGCCUGUGUUCCUGGCUGCUGUUCAUGGUCACCCGAAGACCUUCCACUUUCUCAGUGACUUUGUAGAACCUGAGCAUACUACAGCUCCCUACAUGAAGCCCAAUGGGGAUUCUGUACUUCAUGUAACCAUUCAACGAAAGUACUUCGAAUUAUCAUUCGCAAUAAUGCGUCACAUCCCCGACCUGGCUUCCAUCAUCAAUGAAAAAGGGCAGGCACCUCUGGACGUCCUGGCCUCUAUUCCUUCGGCAUUCAGGAGUGCCACUCACCUGAGCUGGUGGGAGAGGCUUUGGUACCCCUUCAUCACGAUUCGUCCGAUUCUUCCCUGGCCUCCCUGUUUGCGGCGUUCAGAUUUGGAUCAUGAUGGACCGCCUGAUCAGCUUCCCACGCCUGAAGCUCCUUUCGGAUUCUCCAUUUUAAGGAGUACCAUGGAGAAGAAAAGGAGACAUGUGUUUGGUUGGCGGAUCAUGAAACGACUGCUAGACAGUGACGCUUUUUAUGAUAGUUUGACGGAGAGGGAGCUGUUGGUGCUGGACCACGAUCAUCCGGCGAACUUACCAAUGCUAGCAUCAUCAUUAUUAGGAUGGACACCAUUGUUGAGAGCAACAAAAUAUGGUGCAAUCGAAUUGGUGCUGGCAAUCUUGGAAAAAAAGCCAUUUGCAAUUGAGGAUGAAAGUGAUGAGAAGAAGAAUGUGAUGUUGGUGGCGGUGGAAGAGAGAUAG